CCUGGCGCCAGUGGCCCCGCCUGCCGCCGAGGCCGCGCUCGCCAGACCUGCGACAGUUCGGGGGUGAUCUGCUGCCGCCGGCAUGUCGCCCGAGGACCCCGAGGAGACGCUGCCGCUCUUGCGGCCGCCGGACGCCAGCGUUCCCCGCGGCCGCCGGGUCUUCCUCGCCGCCUUCGCCGCCGCCCUGGGCCCGCUCAGCUUCGGCUACGCGCUCGGCUACAGCUCCCCCGCCAUCCCCAGCCUGCAGCGCACUGCGCCCCCCGCCUUGCGCCUCGGAGACGAUGCGGCCUCCUGGUUCGGGGCCAUCGUGACCCUGGGCGCUGCAGCAGGGGGCGUACUGGGCGGCUGGCUCGUGGACCGAGCGGGGCGCAAGCUGAGCCUCCUGCUCUGCACCGUGCCCUUCGUGACCGGCUUUGCCGUCAUCACCGCCGCCCGGAACGUGUGGAUGCUGCUCGGAGGCCGCCUCCUUACUGGCCUGGCUUGCGGAGUCGCCUCCCUCGUGGCACCGGUCUAUAUCUCGGAAAUUGCCUACCCAGCCAUCCGAGGCCUGCUCGGCUCCUGUGUGCAGUUGAUGGUGGUCACCGGCAUCCUCUUGGCCUAUGUGGCAGGCUGGGUCCUAGAGUGGCGCUGGCUGGCCGUGCUGGGCUGCGUGCCCCCCACUCUCAUGCUGCUGCUCAUGUGCUUUAUGCCCGAGACCCCACGCUUCCUCCUGACUCAACACCAGCACCAGGAGGCCAUGGCUGCCCUUCGGUUCCUGUGGGGCUCUGAGGAAGGCUGGGAAGAGCCCCCCAUUGGGGCUGAGCACCAGGGCUUCCAACUGGCUAUGCUGAGGUGCCCGGGUGUCUACAAGCCCCUCAUCAUAGGCAUUUCACUCAUGGCCUUCCAGCAGCUGUCGGGGGUCAAUGCCAUCAUGUUCUAUGCCAAAACCAUCUUUGAGGAGGCCAAGUUCAAGGACAGCAGCCUGGCCUCAGUCACUGUAGGCAUCAUUCAAGUCCUCUUCACUGCUGUGGCGGCCCUCAUCAUGGACAGAGCGGGGCGGAGACUACUUCUGGCCUUGUCAGGUGUGGUCAUGGUUUUCAGCAUGAGUGCCUUUGGCACCUACUUCAAGCUGACCCAGAGUGGCCCCAGCAACUCCUCCCUUGUGAGCCUCCUGGUGCCCAUCUCUACGGAGCCUGUUGACGUCCACGUGGGGCUGGCCUGGCUGGCCGUAGGCAGCAUGUGCCUCUUCAUUGCUGGCUUUGCAGUGGGCUGGGGACCCAUCCCCUGGCUCCUCAUGUCGGAGAUCUUCCCUCUGCAUGUCAAGGGUGUGGCUACUGGUGUCUGUGUCCUCACCAACUGGUUCAUGGCCUUUCUGGUGACAAAAGCGUUCAGCAGCGUUAUGGAGAUCCUCAAGCCCUACGGUGCCUUCUGGCUCACCGCUGCCUUCUGUAUCCUCAGUGUUCUUUUCACGUUGACCUUUGUCCCCGAGACGAAGGGCAGGACUCUGGAACAAAUCACAGCCUACUUCGAGGGACGGUGACAGCCCCUUUCUGUGCAGGCAGCCCUGAGCUGGCUUAGCUCUGGGUUGCAGGAGUACAGUGGCGUGUAGCUGAGCCACGCCUCAGUUUGAGCCUGGAGCACCCCAAGUCCUCAGGCAUCAGAGCCCCUCUUUGUCCAUCCUGAGGUUCUCUAGAUUCUGGAUCUAGUCUCUGCAGCCUGCUGCACACAAUAGGCCCUCUGAGGAGCCUGCAGUCACCUUUGCUCUCCUCCUCCUCAGACAGAAGCCUCUGAGGCGGCUCCUGUUUGCUGGCUGGGGAUCUUUUGUCUCCUGGGUCCUAAGCCCCCACCUAUGCCUCACACCUGACUAUGGGACCAGAAAGAAAUUUGGCUACAUAAAAGUUGGGCUCAGAAACAAGACUGCAACCUCUUCUGAGUGAGCCCAGAUGGAGAAGAGAAUGUUGCAGUCAACUGAGCCCUUGGCCCUGCCCAGAGGUGCUGUGGAUUCACCUGGGGUCAACUUACCCGUCACUCACAGGUUCUUUCCAGCGCUUUCCUGGGCUCAGUGUCCUGGGUCAUUAGCCACCAAAUCUUGUUUCAGAAAAUAAAAAGCCUCUUUCUGUUUGA